CGGCGACUUGCAUUUCUUUCGGGGCCCUCCACGCUUCAUUUGCCUCAGAACAGGUUUUCAGCAGCAUGAGCUCGAGCACGCCCGUGAGUCCCAGCAGCACUGGCGGCACGCCCGGGGCGACCUCCAUGGGGGACUUGGACAGGCAGAUUGAGCAACUCAAGCGAUGUGAGUACCUCAAGGAGUCCGAAGUGAAGGCGUUGUGUCAAAAGGCUCGAGAGAUUCUUGUGGACGAGAGUAACGUCCAGCGAAUCGAUGCCCCUGUCACCAUCUGCGGCGACAUCCACGGUCAAUUUUACGACUUGAAGGAACUGUUUAAUGUCGGAGGAGAAUGCCCCGAAACAAACUAUCUCUUCAUGGGGGACUUUGUCGAUCGCGGAUUUUACAGCGUGGAAACGUUCCUCCUCUUGCUGGCGCUCAAGGUGCGAUACCCUGACCGCAUCACGUUGAUCCGAGGCAACCACGAAUCGCGCCAAAUCACGCAAGUGUACGGGUUCUACGACGAAUGCUUGCGGAAGUACGGGUCCGUCAACGUGUGGCGCUACUGCACAGAGAUUUUCGAUUAUUUGAGUUUGUCGGCCAUCAUCGAGGACAAGAUCUUCUGUGUGCACGGCGGUCUGUCUCCCUCGAUCAACACGCUCGAUCAAAUCCGCAUCAUCGACCGAAAACAGGAAGUACCGCACGACGGCGCCAUGUGCGACCUCAUGUGGUCCGACCCAGAAGACAUUGACGGAUGGGGAUUGAGUCCGCGCGGGGCGGGGUACUUGUUUGGCGGCGACGUCGUGGACAAGUUCAACCAGACAAACGACAUCCAGUUGAUCUGCCGCGCCCAUCAGCUGGUCAUGGAAGGCCACAAGUCCAUGUUCAACAACGCACUGGUCACGGUGUGGUCGGCGCCCAACUAUUGCUAUCGCUGCGGCAACGUCGCGGCUAUUUUGGAGCUGGAUGAAAGCCUCGAGCAAAAGUUCAAGAUCUUCGAAGCCGCGCCACAAGAUGCGCGCGGGGUACCAUCCAAGAAGCCCGCGCCAGACUAUUUCUUAUAAGCAUAUGGCGUCGUCGUCCAGACGAGUAGACAGAACGGGAAUCAACCAGAAUACGCGGCAAUACUGUAUGUUUGCUGCAAUCUAAUAAAUAGGAACUUUGUCUUGGAGGCGAUGCACAAACUGGAGGAGCGCGUCCGAGUGGGUGCGGAGAGCAGCCAUGCCAUGCUGCCACGUGGCUGUGUGCCGCUCGGCAAACACAUCGUCGAUUGCCCCCCAAUGCCGAUGGAGGUCUCGGUCCAUGUCCUGCAGCAUCCGUUCAAAAGGGUCGAUGUGGCUUCCGUCGUCGCAGUUUUGCACUUUGUCAAUCUAGUAAUAACAGAGAUAUUCGUGCCAAAUCGAAGGAUUAUAUUUUUGACCAAUCAAA